AUGACCUCAGCACAAGACGUUCAGAUUCUCCUCCGCUUUCUAUCGCAAGACGCUAAGAUACCUCUCGCCCAAGCCCUAUCUAAGAUCAAAGACUUGCAAGCGGCGAGCCUCAACACUCCAUCAGAUCUCUCCAAUUCAUCCCAUGAAAACCUAAAGUCCAUAUUCGAGGACGAGAAGAUCGCGCGCCAGGUGCUCAAUGCUGCAAAACGACAAUCUAAAAAGCGGUCCGCAGACACUUCCUCAGCUGCAUCUGCGCCUACAGCAAAAAGAGCGAAACCAACAUAUGGACAACCCCUCAAUGGCGCGGAUCUCGAGGCUUCUCUAGCACUCCCGGAGCCAGAACUAGAUGAGAAGAAAGUCAGUUCAGCUGUCGUCUACACGAACCGUGCGCCACUCGUUCUUGCCUUUGCGGUAACACUACUCAAGUUUACAAUGCCUGGCCAGCCAAUAUCCAGUCGCCUCAGUCUAGCACAAGCGGUUACUUCUAUGAAUAGCAAAUCAAAAGCCGUGCACAUCGGGAUUGACAAGGACCAGCCUGCUGAAGAGGAGGGCUGGGGAGAAGGACAGCCGUUGCUGCGGAUCAUGACGAGAGAGGUCAGGGUAAUGAAGAGGUGGGGCUAUGAGUGGGAAAGCAGCGACAGUAUGACACAGCAAAAGAUCAAGUCUGAGCCGGACAUUUCAAAUGGUGAGAAAGAGCAAAACAUAGAGAAGAAAGAUGAGGUGGAGAAGGAAAGGGAGAUUGCACUUUGGGGUGUGGAUCUUGAAGCACUCAAGAAGGCGCAAAUCUCCAGAAAUGGAUCGAGCGAUUUGCCUAUAUAUCCCGCGCAAAGUGCAAGGUCAUAUCUGAUGAAAGCGUUCGAGACACCUGCCGCGGAUGUAAUCAAGACGGAAGAUGUUGAUGUUAAGAUAGAGGGACAGGCAGCGCCGAAGCCAAAGGGCAAGCGAACAGCUGCUGUCAUUGCAGCAGAGAAAGAGCACAAUCUUAGUCUUCUGCUAGGCGCGCUAGAACUACUCUAUGAAUCAUGGGCAAAAGUACUCGAUAAGGAUGACCUAGAUAGGCGGGCUUGGGGCUGGUAUGUCCGCGUUCGACCGGAGGUAGCUCAAGGCGCUGCAGGAUGGGGCGGAAAGGGCAAUGUGAAACUAUCAGAUAUCCUGGCCUUGAGGAGGCUUCCGAGCUAG